CACGUUUCCUUUUCUUAUUUUUCCAAACCCCAAUUUGCUAGAUCCAUUCGUGAAACCCUUUGCUCUUCCUCUCUUCGUUUAUCUGAUCCAGGAUCAAUCAAUACAUCCUCCAGAAUUGAUUGAGAUGGCUCCAGGUCCAGAUCCGAACAGCGUUGGUUAUGGUGCAAAGCGGGAUGAAGCUACAACCAAGAUUCCUUUUAAGGAUCCCAAGAAGAAGGAUGAUAAGAAAGAGGAAGAUCUGUCUGAAGCAGUGACAUUCCUUCCACUCAAGGACAUUCGCUUUUCAAACAAGCCACUCGAAGGUCACACCUGGUUCAUGAGCUCUCUCUUAGAUAACCAGACCAAAGGCGAGGCUCAGUAUCAAGAGUUUCCUUCAGAUUCUUCCAACGGAAGGCUUUUAUGCUUGAAAGGUAUCAAUGAACAUGAUGGAUCAUGGAACUACUACGCGUUGGCUUGGCCUGAAGCUCUUCCGACCAAUGCCAUGCUUCAGGAGGGUUUGACUUUUGUUUCUUACAAUCAGUACGAUUACGGUAACUUGUGGCAUGGACUAACCGCAUCAUUCCCAUUUGUUUCUUGGAGCUUAAGAAACCAAUGUGAAAAGCCUCAAAAAUGGGUUUUAUACCACAAGUCAGACGGAGGACUUGUAACUGAAGCAGAACCUGGAGCUCUAUGUUGAGAGGGUCCAAGACCCUAAUCCUGAACUGCAGAAGGCUGCUCUUGAAAGCAUGAGGCAGGAGAUCCGUGCCUCAACAAGCUCCAUGACGUCGGUUCCAAAACCCCUCAAGUUUCUCCGUCUCACUAUGGAACUCUUAAGAAGUUUCAUAAAAAUAUGGUGGAGUCCGAUUAAGAAAUUGCUGGCUGAUAUACUAUGUCUGUCUUGGCACUGACCAUGUCUGCUGAGGGUCAAAGGGAAAGCUUAGGAUACAGGUUGACUGGAUCAGAGGGUGACAUCGGAUCUUGGGGUCACGUGUAUGUCAGGAAUUUGGCCGGUGAGAUUGCAGAAGAGUAUACAGUUCGUCAGUGAAAGAAUAGUAUGCAAUCGUUCUUUGGAGCUAAACAUCGUUCCUUUGAUGAAUUGUCGAGAAUGUCACUGACCUACUUAGACAUCACAGAUUGCUACAUGUUAGACCGGAUGCCAAAGAGAUUGUGCAGGGGAGCCUCAGUUGUACAAUGUUAAUAUUACUCUUAAAAUCUGGCUUGAUCUUACAGUUUCAAGUUUUUUUUUUUUUUGUGCAGGGGAGCCUCAGUCAGGACUCUAGGGCAAAAUAUUGGAGCCAAAGAUACAGCCUCAAGGAGACUUCCAGAAAUUUUUAGUAAAUAGUUAAUCUAGAUGAAGCUACGGUGAAAGUUACCUCAAGGUGCGGAAGUAAUUCUAAAUCUAGAUGAAGCUACGGUGAAAGAGAUGAGAAAGAAAGAGGAGAUUGCUAAAGCCAAGCUAGCCAUGGAAAGUAAAAAGAAGCUGGCAGAGAAAGCCGUUGCUAAAGCUGCCAUAAGAGCUCAAAAGGAAGCUGAGAAGAAAGAACAAAAGGAGCGAGAGAAGGCGGCCAAGAAGAAGACAGGAGGCAGCAACGCAUACGAGGCCAUCUCUGAGGAAGUUCCAGAAGCUUCUGAGGCUGAGAAGGAGGAGAUUGAAGCUCCAGUGGAGGAGAAGCCAAAGAAGGAAAAGAAAGUCUUAGAAGGAGAAACCAAUAAGGAACAGGAUCCGCAAUAGAGGAGGACCGGAAACACUCCUGAGACCAAUGCUCAAGCGUAAGAAGCAGACUAACUACAUGGUUUGGGCUGCUCCAGCUGCUGUUGUGGUACUAAUGCUUCUUGACUUGGGUUACUACUACGUUUUCUAGAUCAAGGGAAGCUGCGUUUGCUGUAGUUUGGGUCUUUUUAAAGCUUUCUUUUGAGGAUGAGACUCUCUAAAACUUAUAUCUCAUUUACAUAUUGAGUAGAGACUCUUCCCUUUUUAAAUACUUUUUUACAUUUCACUUAUGUAUAUAUAAAUCCAAAAAUAGAAAAUGGUAGUUAAUAUAAAGGUUACAAUUUUAAAAAUGAUCUUCUAUUUUGAUAAUUUUAAAAUUACAAUAAAUAUAAAACAAAUUAUUAAUAUAAACAUGUGUAGCCUGGAUAAUAAUUUAGAAUGUGUAUAACUAAAGUAAAAUUUAAUAUUGAGUUUGUACACAAUACUAUCAAAGCAUCAUAAACAAAGGUCAUGGAACCUAAAAAAAAAGGUCAUGAAACUUAAAAUAAGAAGUGAGGCAAAUGCGAGAAUAAUAAUAAUGCAGUUCGUAGGUUUGCAACUCAGAUUGUAGGGCAUGAUCAAACCGUAGGAGUUAGAAUUAUUAAACCGUUUUUGUAUAUAAAUUAUUUUCAGAAAUUUAUGCAAUGUGUUUAAUCAGAUUUAAGUUAAGAGUUCUUCAGAAUUUUUGAUUAAAAACCUAAUUCCAGAUCUCAGACAGCGAUAAUUUUUGUAUGUAUCUACCAUUUAUAAAUUUCGGAAAGCUUUUAAGUUAGGUUUGAAGUCCUCAUUCAUACAUGUUUUCGAUAGGUCAUUCAAGACCAUGUUUGAGCAAGUAUCUUAGCCUUGCAUAAAGGGAUGACCGAGCACACAAACACUACCCAACAAACAUUAAAAAAAGUUAGAACAUCAAAUAAUAAUAUUAAUAUUCAAAAUUAUUUCCAAAAAAAUCUGAUUAAUUAAAUAAUUAAAAUAAAAAACUGUAAAAUUAAUAUUAUAUCAACAACGGUAAGAAAGUAAACCUUCUAUAAAUUUAUAACUAAAAAUAUUUCAAAUCAUGAAGCAAAAUUUUCUUUCUAUCACAAACAAACUUAAAAAAAAACAUAAAUUAAAUAGCAACAAUAAAUGUUAAAUUGAAAUUUUGGUUAAAAAGGUUGACAAAAUUAUUUUGGUUAAAACGAUAAAUUGAAGACAACAAAUAAAGAACCGGUAUACAAGUCGGUGGUACUUUCUUUUAAAGACAACUACAAAAAUAAAACUUAAUAAUUUUAAAACCAAUCAAAAUUUAUACAGUACUAAUUAUAAGCUUUACAAUUGUUUUACAUAAAAAUAAAUAACCAAGAUAAAGAAUAUAUAUAGAUCUUAACUUAUAAUUUAGUUAACUUUUUAUUAAUCUUACUAAUAUCCUACAUAAAACUCCAAUAAAACACAACAAAAUAUUUCAAAUAUUUUUAAAUUUGUAUUUGUGUCUAUAAUUCUAUAACAAGUUUCAAUAUAUAUCAUAUUUGUUCGAUUUUAAAAUAUAAAUAUAAAAACUAAACAAAUAUUAUAGGAAAAAAUCCGGGCGUAGCCCGGAAAACCUCCUAGUAUAUUUAAUAUAUGUUAUUUUGAGAAGUUUCUCUAUUGUGUGUUAUUUUAUCAUAAAACAUAAUUUAGUGUUAUUUGAAGGUAUUAAUCUGGAGAACAAAAAUUAAUAAUGUCUAACGUGGACAAUGUCUUUUGAAAAGAGCAUUCUCUGAAAUAUUGAUUGGUACUUUGCUUCUGCGGAAAGACAUGUCACAUGAUAUCACAUCUUGCUUAUUCGAUUUCCACGGAAAAAAAUAAUUAUCUAAUUGUAUAAUCCAUUCAAUAAUCUUUUUUUUUGUAAUUGGACAUGAUCUAACCCACCAGUCUGAAUCACACUAACUUAUAAAUUACAAUCAACUCUAAAUAUUUUUAGGACAUCCUUAAGUAACAAACAACCUCGAUGCAAUGAUCCAAUGAUUCUCUCUUUGUUGUUGCAUAAACAUAGGCAAAACAUGAACAGAAUAAACAAGAUUUGGUCUAGUGGCAGCCAUGUAUAUUGAUUUAUAAAUCGACUUCGCCACAUGAUGAUUUUGGUUGAUAAAAAUUUGUUGUGAAAACUAAAUCAAUGGUCGAUCGAAUCAAACCGAAUCGAAACCAAUUUAUUUGGAGGUGACAAUUUACUUCUUCCUCAGAACUAUCAUAUAACAUCACAUUCACAAAAAAAUAAAUUUAACGUUCUUUAGAGUCACAAUAUGAAAUUUGGAAUCCAUUUUCCUUCCAUGUGAAAGUUCUUUUUUUUUUCCAUUAUGAAAGUUCAAAUUCUAUCUCCCCAUUUAUCCGAAGUUUAUACUUAAACACACGCAUGCAUAGGUUAUAUUCGGUUUACUCUUUACCAAUUAACCUUAAAGUAGUUUUUCCCAAAUACACAAUUAAACUGAAACUACCCAAUUAGAACCCAUUGAUUCUGGUUCAAAAAUAUGUCGAUUUCGAUAGCAUGGAUUCUCGGUUUCAUUUAGAUGGUUUUAGGGUUUUCAUGGCUGAAGAAAUGAAAAUGGGAAUUGGAGACUUUUGUAAUUUGAUAAUAUGUGUUACAAUCGAGUUUUAAUUGAAUAAUUUUGGUUUAAUUAUGUAUUUGAUUGAGCAAAACUGGAUUAAGAUUGAUUGGUAAACAUUAAACCGAAUGUAUAUGCGGAAAUAUAAUUCGAACUUCUAUAUUGGGUGGAAAUCCACUUUCAAUUCAUGAAGUUACAAAACGUGAGCUUAAUAUAUGUAAAUGUGGUGCUAUGUGAUAGUUCCGAGGGAGAAAUAGAUUACCACCCCUUAUCGGCUGAAACUAUUAUAAAUAGUCCUUGGUCAGUAUUGAAUAAUGUUUUAGAAAGUAUAUGGCAACAAUGAAAUAAAAUCCAUUGAGUAAAACUAGUAAUCACAUUUUUAGUUAAUGUAUUAUCAAUUGCAGUUCAUUUCCUAUGUUAAAAGACUUUAUCUGGAAACUUGCAACCCAGGCUUUAAUAUUAUCUAUGGAGACUUGAAGCCACACCACAAUAGUUACUGAGUAUGAUGAAAUUCACUAUUGCGUACGGUGUCUCCUUCGAAAACGAUUUUCUUGUAUCCCAAGGCCGAGCAAGCGUACAUUUAUGCCUUUUCAGGUGUAGUUCUCCCUUCGAACUUUCCAUUCUUGAAAACUUCUAGUACUAUUUCAAACCGAGCUUUACUUAGCAAUGUCGAAAAUAGUUGAUUAAAAUUGGGUUACAAUUAUUGUUAUCAUCAUCAAUAAUAUAUAUAAAAAUUCCUAGACGCGUGCGUGUCCUUUAAACUCUUAAUCUCCUCUUGAUUCCAACAACAAACAACAUUCUCUUUCUUGUCAUCUAAACUUUCUAAAAAUAGACAUCUUCUUGCAUGUGUUCUUCGUCUUCAUUGUUGUCCUCUGAAACAUCUUUUGUCUUCUUCAUACUUGCAUUGCAGAUUAAAACUUUUGGCAGAAUUUUCAUUUUGGAACCAUGGAAACGUCACACGAGCACAACUUUUUCAACCCCACGUCUAAACCAGAAGCAGAAGAUCCAACCCUAAGACUUUCUUCAUCGUCUUCUUCCUCAUCUUCUUGUUCCUCCAUAGAAGCAGAACAAAGACCUGAUCAUAAUCUAAGAAACAAUCAAUCUCCUCCAACGCAAAUCAUGGAGAGAUCUACAAACGACGCAACCUCAACACCUACUUAUAGAAUCCCAUCACACGUUUUCGAAACAACAACCUCAACAGCUCCCGUUGAAUGGAGCACUCUCUCCAACGAAUCUCUCUUCAGCAUCCGCAUGGGAAACAAUAGCUUCACCGAAAUAGAUUACUUCAAAUCCGGCGAGCUCACGUUUCCUCAGCCUCCUUCACCGAGAACUCCUCAUAUGCCUUCUCCUCGCCACGAUACAAAUCAAGGAGGAGUCGCGGAGGAGGCCAAAACUCCGGUGGAUGUAGGUAAGAAAGCAGCUGAGACAGACAAAGCGUACCGCGCAAGUAAAGAUGAAGAACAAAAAGCUGCCGCAAGUAUAAGAGAAGUUAUCAUGGCUAAUGAAGCUGUUAAUAAAGACAACAACAACAACAACAAAAACAAUAAGUUAGAUCGGUCUGUUUCUCGUCGGUCUGAAGAUUUAAGCGUCAAGUCUUUCGCUUUUCAAAAAUUGGGGAAUGCAGAUAAGGGUGGAUUACAAGGGUCAACGCCACAAAAGAGGAGGACGUCGCAGCCAGAGUCGCCAAAGAGUUCGUCUGAGGCUGAUGAAGGAGAUGAAUCUCAAAAACCUCUUACUCCUAAAGCAGAAGCUGAUCGUGCAUGUAAUCGCAACCCUAAAUGGUUAUCUUGCUUCCCUUGCUGCACAACUUUCUGUGUCUAAUUGAGUUUGAUUUGUUUACUAUCUCUUAAGUUAUUUAGAGAGAUUGUUUCCUUCUUCUU